CACUACCACCACCACCACCACCUACUAGUCCAUUACUAACAUAUCCAUGGCUUCCACUUCUCCUAUGGCAACCAUUCUACUAACUUUAAUCCCAUGCCUCUUCCUCAUCAUUCCUCAGGCCAUUGCGCAAUCUGCUCCGGCACCGGCACCGUCCGGCCUUGCCAAUCUCACAGGGAUCCUUGACAAAGCUGGUCAGUAUACCAUCUUCAUUCGUCUCCUUACAACCACUCAAGUAGGAAACCAGAUCGAAAGCCAGCUCAACAAUUCCAACCAAGGCAUGACAGUGUUUGCUCCAACAGACAAUGCGUUCAACAACCUCAAACCAGGUACAAUCAAUAGCCUUUCACAACAAGAUCAAGAUGAGCUUGUGUUGUACCAUGUGUUGCCUCAGUACUAUAGCUUGGCAAGCCUUCAAACUGUGAGCAAUCCAGUUAGAACUCAAGCAGGUAGUCAAAAUGGAGUUGAUGGACUAAAUUUCACUAGUUCUGGUAACAACCAAUUGAAUGUUUCAUCUGGCAUCGUUGAUACGCCACUCAACAAUGCUCUUAGACAGCAAUUCCCAUUGGCUGUGUAUCAAGUGGAUAAGGUGAUGUUACCUGAAUCUCUGUUUGGUGUGAAGGCACCUGCAGCAGCUCCGAAGCCUGCUAUAGCCUCUAACACAUCAAGUACGGGGGUAGCAACUGGUGGAGAGCCACAGGCAGCGCCAUCGGAUGCCAACAGCAAGUCAGGUUCCAAUGGCAGGAAUGUGGGAAUGGGCUUGGUUGCUGGGUUUGGAUUGAUUUGCUUGGGCUUUCUAUUACAGUGAUGAGAGGUGAUGAGAGGGAGAGAUUAUAUUAUUGGUUUUUUCUUUGAAAAAAGCACCAUGCUUAUGCUUGGUGUCUGAUACCUGCUUGUGAAUUAUUAGUACUUGUGCUUGUCUCCAUUUUUUUUUCCUUUUUUCUUUCCUUUUUUCUUUCAUUGAUAUCUUGAUUGAUUGUUGUUUGUCGGUUGUUAUUGUUAUAAAUUGGAUUGUGAAGCCUGGCUACCACAUGAGUUGCAUUCUCAUUAUUUCUCUCUC